AUGGCGGGCAACGUCGGGAUGGAGCAUCUCAUCCCUAUUGUGAAUAAGUUACAAGAUGUAUUCGCUUCUCUCGGAGUCCCACUAUCGCUGGAUCUGCCACAAAUUGCAGUGGUUGGAAGUCAGAGUGCCGGAAAGAGCAGUGUGUUGGAAAACUUCGUUGGCAGAGAUUUUCUCCCUAGAGGUUCAGGCAUUGUGACAAGACGGCCAUUGGUGCUACAGCUGAUGUACAGUAAAACAGAAUAUGCAGAGUUCAUCCACACCAAGGGUAAGAAAUUCACAGACUUCAGUUUGGUGCGAAAGGAGAUUGAAGAGGAAACAGACAGAGUCACAGGCGGUAACAAAGGCAUCUCUAACAUCCCCAUCAAUCUGCGAGUGUAUUCGCCUAAUG